UUUCGUGUGUAAAAUAUAUAAAAUUUAAUAAUUUUUCAACACAUGAAAUGAAAGUUGAACGGAAAUACACGCUUCGGUUGUCUAUUUUUGUAGUGAGAUACUUGUAUGAAUAUAUCAGUCACAAAUGACAAACGCUAAUGUUAUGACGUCACAAGCUUACUCACAGCAGUUAGAAUUUUUAUGUUUUUAGUUCAGUCAAUUCGAUUCAUUGUACGUAGAGUAUUUGUCUGUCUUGAGUCUUGUAAAGACUGACGCCAUGCUUUCGCGAUAAGAAAAUAUAUAUUAAUAAUAUAACGAAAGUGCAAAAAUUGUGUACAUAACGAAAAAUAAAUAUUGCAACAAAUUUAUGUGUAAAUAUAAUAAAUAAUGAUAUGAUCCAAACGAACUUAAAUGCUUAUAAACAAACUUAAAAAUUUAAAGGCGGUGUAUUUAGAUCUACAAAGCAGUGACCACAAUUAUUCAAUAUAAAUUAGCAGUUAUAUACGUAAUUACAUAAAAUUUAUAGUAAAAAAUUAAAAAAAAAUUUAUUUAGUAUGAAAUUGCUACUAAAAGUAAACUCAGAAAAAACGCGUAAACGUCAUCGAUGGAAUUCGCCGGAAACUAGUUCGAAAACAGCCGUAACAUCACUGAAAAGAAUCAAUCAGAACAGGAAUGCUAGUAGUACCUCCAUCACACAAAAAUUGACUAUCACAUCAAAACUACUUAUCCUGCUAAUAGUUUUAUUGAUCAUAUUGAUCAUUGCCAGUGUGGUUGUGUAUUUUAAUGCAACUGGAAAAAAAGAGACGGGACCAAUAUUAUUUGGGAACAAUUAUGAACAUGGAACUUUUCCGAAUUUAGGAAAUGGACAUCUAAUAGUUGAUCGUAUACAAUGGGGUGCUUCAGAAUUGGCUAAAAAACUAACGAUACCGUUGAAACAUCCCAUACCAUAUGUACUCAUAACACACAUCGGUGUACAGUCAGUACCUUGUUUAAAUAUAUAUAAAUGCUCCAUUAAAAUGCGCACUAUACAAGAUUCAGCAAUUGCUGAAAAGAAUUUACCAGAUAUACAGGCAAACUUUUAUGUCGGUGACGAUGGCAAUAUUUAUGUGGGACGUGGCUGGGAUUACGCCAAUACUUAUGCAAAUGAUACCUUGGCUGUGACGUUUAUGGGUGACUAUGGUCGCUACAUACCAAGUGAUAAGCAAUUGGAAGCCACACAAUUUCUAUUGGCUCAUGCAAAAACAAGUCAAUACAUUGACUUGGCUUAUAAAUUAGUAGCACAAAAUCAGACAAAAUCAAGCAAGAGUCCAGGUGCAAAUGUUUAUCGUUAUAUAAAGAACUGGCCACACUUUUAUCCCUGUGGCAUGGAUGACAACCCCAAGUGUGGUAGUGAACUAGGUAUGCCUGAGAAAUGGGAUGGAAAUAUGUAAAAGCUAUGUUACUAUACUUGCAAUGUUGUUUCUUGUUUAAAUAUUUUCACAUUUGAAA